AACAUUUUCUAUCUCACAAUUGCAGAAACAUCAAAGAAAACAAAAUCUGACAUCAAUCGCAUGCAAUUCAAAAACUACCCUUUCAUUGUUUUCCGUCGCUUCCUUGAAGCCUCUGAGAGUGAAUAACGGCAACGUCCAUCUUCUGCACUGUGCCAGAGAGCGAUGCAAAGCUAUAACAUGGGAGUUUUUUUGUAAUGAUCGCUUAUUGGUUUGUAAGCUCGUUCAAUCUUGCUCGGCGCUGCUUUCAGGUUCCUUGAUUUAGCAUUUCAGCUUAAUAUUUGGAUGCAUACGUGAAGUCAAUCUAAUAAAAAGUGGCAUCCAAAUCCAAUUAUGCUUCGUCACAAGAACUCUGUAGAAGAAUCUCACUAUGACAUUUUAUCUGUGAAAGAAGAUGCUACCUAUGAAGAAAUCCGUACCAGCUACAGAGUAGCCAUCCUCAAUUAUCAUCCUGAUAAGCUGCAAAACACACGUCAGAUGUCUCAUGUUCUAAAUGAGGUGCAAGAUAGAUUUUUGAAAAUACAGAAGGCUUGGGAAAUCCUUGGCAAUUCAAAAUUACGUGCUGUUUAUGAUAGUGAGCUGCGAGCUUCAAGAAAAGAUAGAGGAGAUGGAGUUGCAGCGGAAGAUGUCAGUUUGGAGGACAUGGAGAUUGAAGAUGGUGGAGAAGUGUUGGAGCUCUUUUACCAGUGCCGAUGUGGCGAUUAUUUCUCUGUUGAUUCUUUGGAGUUGGGGAAAAUGGGAUAUACGUUGUUGAGGGAUGAAAAUAAGGUAUCUUUUGAAACAGCAGCAGCAGAUACUUUAGCAUCAGUUAUUCUUCCUUGUGGUUCAUGUUCUUUGCAAGUCCGUCUAUUGAUUAAUGCAUGCAUGAAGGUUCCAAUCAAUGAGAAUAAUCUGUAAUUUUUGAGAUAAUCUUGGCUUGAUUUUUUUUUGUUGCGUGUUUUGAUUGCUUAGGGGACGCUUGAAAGCACUCCUACCUCUUGGGCCUGAAUUCCAACUGCCAAGAUAUGCCAAUUUGAAUUUGAUCUUCGCCAACUUGUCAAACAUAUUUGUAUUGUAAGAAUAUGUGAUUGUGGGAGAGAAACAUACAUUUAAUUUGCUAGA